AUGGAUAUGAUUCUUCUUCAACUGAAAGGCAUAUCAAGCAACUCUUCUUUUACCCUCCCUGAACUUCGACUUAAAACCCUCAUUAUGGCAAAAACACUUGCAAUUGCCGUUUCUCUAGCAAUCUCGGCCCUGGCAGCGCCAGCCUAUCUCGAUGAUUCUACAGGAAGAAUCGUUGGUGGAUCACCAGCGAAACUGGGGCAAUUUCCUUCCAUGCUGGCUAUCAACUUUGAAGGGGAACAGACAUGCGGAGCCAUGCUACUUGGCCCGAAACUUGCCCUUACCGCAGCCCAUUGCAUAGGUACUAAGCCUUCCGGUGCGUCCGUCCGUGCUGGAUCUCUCAAUGGGACUUCCGGCGGUAUCGAAUCCCCAGUUAAAUCUGCUCUACAUCACCCUGAAGCCGAAGAACACGACAUUGCUUUGAUGUAUUUGGAGAAGCCAAUUGCCGAAACCGCAGAAAUCAAGUAUGCAAAGCUGCCGCCCCAGGGCCAGGACCCUAAGGCGAACUCCCAAGUAACAGUGUCGGGCUGGGGAAAUACAGUAUAUAAUGGGACAUCGUCUCCAGUCUUACUAUAUGUCUCUGUUUUGGUGAAUGGUCGAGAGGGCUGUAAAGCUGCAUAUGCGAAACUUAAUGACACUGUUACAGAUCAAAUGGUCUGCGCAGGUGGGGAAGUAGAUGGAAAAGACUCAUGCCAUGGAGAUAGUGGAGGCCCAUUGUAUGAGGCUGGAACCAACAUGCCCGUUGGAAUUGUGUCCUGGGGCCAUGAAUGUGGUAGAAAAGGAUAUGGAGGGGUAUACGUCAGGAUUGGGAGCUACUCUGAUUGGAUUAUGAAAAACAAGGAACCUCCAAAGCCCAUCAGGAACUAG